CGCUAGUCCUGCGGUGGGCGGAGAGGGAAGUGGGCGUCCCGGGGUCGGGCUGGUGGUGUCUGCGCGACCCUCGGGGACUUGGAUUGGUGGAAGGAGAGGAUUGUACUAAAGAUUCUUGGGAACGAAAUGUUUCGCUUCUCGGGUUCACGUUCUUUUCAUUCAUUUUAUUCUCGUGCUACUGCUGUGUGCUGGGCACCUGCUGCGUGUCCAGCUGCAUUCUAGGCAGUGGAGCAAGGAGGACAGGACGUGCAAGACAGUAUGGCUCUGGGUUCGGGGGACGCAGGUCCUGAUGUGGAUAUAAUGGUGAUGGAGCAAGCGUGAUUGCAUCUGUCAUGCUGCUCUAAGGGAGAUCAGGCAGAAGGACUGCUGUGAGUUGGAGACCUGCUCGGCUACGUAGACACACUGUCUUUCACAAUAAAAACGACCAAACAAAACAGCAAGAACAGGCGUUGUGUAUGCAGAGAUGGCUUCCAAGCGCAUCACACAGGAAACCUUCGAUGCUGCAGUGCGGGAGAACAUUGAGGAGUUUGAGAUGGGUGCUGAGGAGGCUGUUCGAGAGGCGGUGGAGCAGUUUGAAUCACAAGGAGUUGAUCUGAGCAACAUUGUGAAGGCAGCACCGAAAGCAUCUGUGGACAGUCUCCAGGAGCCCACACAUGAUGUCCUGCAGGUCCUCAACGAUCUACAGGAGUCCCUGAAUGGGUCUCGGCCCCAGGAGAUGUCAGCCCACCUUGUCCGCUUCUGCGACCAGUGCAGGCAGCAGAAGGCCAGCCGCUACCUGGCAGCCCAGAAGGGGGCCUACCCAAUCCUCCUGGCUGCCUGGCAGCUUGCUGCCACAAGCGACCAGGGCCUUCUGCUCCAGGCUCUCAAUGCCCUGGCGGUACUGACUGAUGGCCAGCCUGACCUUCUGGACGCCCAGGGCCAGCAGCUGCUCGUGGCCACACUGGCACAGAAUGUCUCCAACACUGAACUCACCUCUUGUGGGAUCCGCUGUGUGCGCCAUGCCUGCCUGAAACAUGAACAGAAUCGACAGAGUCUGGUGAAAGCCGGAGUGUUGCCCCUGCUAACCGCUGCUAUCACACAGCAUGGCCAGCAUGCUGAUGUGGUCAGGGAGGCCUGCUGGGCCUUGCGGGUCAUGACUUUCGAUGAUGACAUCCGAGUACCCUUUGGCCAUGCCCAUGAGCAUGCAAAGAUGAUUGUUCAAGAGAACAGAGGCCUGAAAGUGCUGAUUGAGGCUGCCAGAGCGUUCCCUGACAACCCGGGAGUCCUGAGCGAGCUCUUGAGCACCCUGUCCCGCCUGGCUGUGCGGAAUGAGUUCUGCCAGGAGGUCAUCGACCUUGGAGGCCUUGGUAUCCUUGUGACCCUGCUGACUGACUGCAGCGACCAUCAGGACCUCGUGAAACAAGUGCUCAAUGCCCUGAGAGCUAUCGCGGGCAACGACAAUGUGAAGGAUGCCAUUGUCCAGGCAGGCGCUACAGAGUCCAUUGUGGCUGCCAUGACUCGGCACCUGGCCAGCCCUCAGGUGUGUGAGCAAAGCUGCGCAGCACUCUGCGUGCUGGCCCUGCGCAAGCCUGAGAACAGCCGCGUCAUUGUGGAGGGUGGUGGUGCGCUGGCAGCCCUGCAGGCCAUGAAAGCACACCCGCAGGAGGCCGGCGUCCAGAAACAGGCUUGUAUGCUGAUCCGAAACCUGGUGUCCCGCAGCCAGGUCUUCUCCAAGCCCAUCCUGGAACUGGGGGCAGAGGAGCUCAUUUCACAAGCCCGGGCUGCCCACCCAGACUGUGAGGAUGUAGCCAAGGCUGCAUUACGAGACCUGGGCUGCCGUGUGGAGCUUCGUGAACUGUGGACAGGAAAGAGGGGUGACCUGGCACCAUGACCCCAGCUCACCAAGUUCAAACCCCAGAACAUGUGAGCUCUAUGCCCUGCUCCUCACCCAUGCCACCCAGAGCAAAAGUGUUCAGCAGGUCAGUGGUGAGAGAAGGACAGAAGCAGCCUUUGGGUCUUGUGUCCCCACAGGCAGCACUGAUGACCUAAGGGCCCACCCCUUCCAGUGCCCUUUCCCGCCCACAGUUUUGCUCAGCAAUUCUGGGGCAGAGGGCACAUGGAACUGCAGCAUUCUGUUGGAGUUUGGGGACCCUGCAAGUUGGCGUCUGACUGGGCUGCAGUCCAGGCACCACUCCAAGCUGUUGAUAACUCUGCUCCUUGGGCAGGCUCCAUGGGAGAGGUGCUUCUGCCAAAGUUGGUUCCCCAAGAUCCAGUGGUGGGGGAGGGAAGUGACUGCUGCCCUGUUGUCCUCUGACCUCUGGAUGUGCGCUAGGGUGUG